AUGAGGAUCCGAGCUCAUGCUGACGGAUUGCGUCGUGUCAACUCGGCCAACCGAUUCGUAGCUAACGAGCUGAUGCCUGUGUUUUUCAGAGACGACCGCGUUCUCUUCCGAGCGAAGCAUCGUUGGUUCAAAGGAUCAGUGCGCCGUCGCAUUCCGAAGUCGGAUUUUUACAACAUCCGCGCAGACAAUGGCAGUUUGUUCGACGCCGUCUUAGCGUCGAAUAUGGAGCUGCUUGACGAACCGGAAGAGCUGCCGUGCUAUCAAUACACAAAAGGAGACAAGAUCCUGUGGGUUCCCGACGCCCAAAACAACAAUUCCGACGACGAAGAGCUAACGUACAAGGCCAAGAUUGCACACGUGCAUUCAGUGAACCGGUUCGAUCUGCUGUUGCGCACCGGUCGAGUCGUCAAGAAAGUGCCAUACGAGCAGCUUUGUCCUCGCGAUGAGGCCGAUUUCGUAUCUACAGCGACGUCACGGCGUCGGUGA